AUGAACAAAAGUCAAAUCGAGAAAUUGAUUGGAAGCAAGUUAAAUCGUCAAGAAAUGGUUACAUCGGCAAGACAAGAAGAGGAAAAGAAGUUAGCUAAACAGAUGAAAGAGAAAGAUCAAGCAGAAGAACGUCAGAAGCGUGCCAACUCUCGUGCACCAAGAUCAAAGCCUCAAGAGUCAAUUCGAGUGGACCGGGCAAAUAUGCAAGGAGAUACAGACUAUCAAAUCUCUCCGGUGAGCGAAGUAGACGAAGAGGAUGGAAGUGAAGAUCCAGAAUAUGUCUGUCAUUCUCGAGAGGGAGGUAUUAGAAGACCAAAGAAUUCUGAUUGA